AUGACAGGACUAUAUUCGAGACCACUAUUGCAGGUGAUUCUUGUUGGGAUUGUAUUAUUACUCACAUCGGGGAUGUUUAAUGCUUUGAAUGGUAUGGGUGGAGGUGGACAAUUAGAUACAAAAAUGGCAUCAAAUGCAAAUGUGGCAUUAUACACAACAUUCUCAGUAGGAGGUCUAGUGGCCGGAGGGAUUGUUAACAUAAUAGGACCGAAAUAUGCGAUGGCAAUAGGUGGAACUACUUAUGCUUUAUAUGCUGGUUCUUUACUGAACUAUAAUCAUAAUAAGAAUGACGCAUUUGUCGUUGCUGCUGGUGCUUUACUUGGCUUUGGCGCUGCAUUAAUUUGGACCGGUGAAGGUGCUAUUGUGACGUCUUAUCCCUCCGAGAAAAAUAAAGGAAAAUAUAUUGGAAUCUUUUUUGGAAUAUUUAAUUUAGGUGGGGUACUCGGAUCAAUAGUUCCAUUAGUAUUGAAUUGGAAUUCGAAAGAGGGAUCAGUAAACGAUGGCACAUAUAUAGGAUUCUUGGUGUUGAUGAGUUUAGGUUCACUUUUUGCAUUGGCAUUGUUACCCCCAAGUAAAGUAAUUCAUAAAGAUGGACGUCCCGUAGCAGUUGAAAGAUUCCCUUCAUGGACCUCUGAAUCAAUCGAGAUUGGGAAAUUAUUUCUUGAUUUGCGAAUGAUUUGUUUGAUUCCAAUGUUCUUAGCGAGUAAUUGGUUUUACGCGUAUCAGUUUGACGAUGUGAAUGCAUUCUAUUUCAACAUACGAACACGUGCAUUAAACGAUGUCUUGUAUUGGACCGCGCAAAUAUUUGGCGCAUUAAUCUUUGGAAAAUUUUUAGACACCCCACUUUUCGGUAGACAGAAACGUGCAAUCUUUGGCCUAUUGAUUCUUUUUUUCACUAUAAUGGCUACUUGGGUUGGCGGACUGAUUUUCCAAAUUUCAUACAAACGAAGUGAUGUGGUUACGCCAAUGGAUUUGUUUGAUCGUGGGUAUGCAGGAAAAUGUAUUCUUUAUAUUGCUUAUGGAUUGAAUGAUGCAAUGUAUCAGUUGUACGCAUAUUGGAUAAUGGGCGCAUUAACAAACGACACAGCACUACUUUCACGUUAUAAUGGAUUUUACAAAGCAAUCCAAUCAGCUGGUGGGGCAAUAUCCUGGAGAAUUGAUGCAGUUGGCACCGCAUUCCUUCCUCAACUUCUUACUUGCUGGAUUUUACUAAUUAUCUCGAUUCCUGGGGCGAUGUUUGUCGCGUUGAAUGUUAAAGAAACUAACUAUGUGACUGAGGAUAAGGAUAAGGUCGAAAAGGCGGCUAUUGGCGAUGGUAAAGUAGGUAGUGUUAACAAUGAGGUGGCAUCCGCAAUUUAA